UUGCUUUGCGGUAAAUUCGGUAGUGUCACGUUGAAGCAGGCGUUUAAAGCCAGUUUACCACAUACUUUUACACAUCUGCAGCCUAGUUACGUAAAUAUGAGCGACAACGAGAAAGAGUUCAGGGAGCAGGUUGAGGUUGGAAGAAAGAAAAACGCGGAAGACGUUUCAGAUGCGAAGUUGUUAUUGUUUGAAGCUGAUGGUGUUGAUGCAUGCUAAUGUAUUGGAUGCUGAAAAGAAGCAAUCAAGAUCUGUCCCCACUACUAGUGUUGUAAUGGCAGAUGGUAAAUGGGGGAAGAGGAGGAAAAAAGAAGUCAUAAUGUCAAAGAGAAGAAAGAAGAAAUGAAGGGUUGUUUUGAAGUAAUGAAGUUAAAGAAGUUAUGAAGUUAAGAUCAGAAGUUUACCAGGGACUCGCGGCCUGGCUCGAGGAGCGCGUCCCCUCGGGGCUCUGCAAAGUCCACCAGCCACUCACCAGCACGCUCCAAAGAUGGCUCCCGCCGUUCCAGGUCCAGAUCUCGUUCUCGAUCCAGAUCCAAAUCCAAAUCCAGGUCCCGGUCCCACCGAAGCUCGCGCAGGCACUACUCCCGCUCUCGUUCCCGCUCCCACCGACGUCGCACCAGGAGCCGAUCUCGUAGUUGGGAGUACCGCCGCCGUAGGAGCCAUAGCCGUUCCCCCAUGUCAAACCGACGCAGGCACAUUGGCAACAGGGCCAACCCAGACCCUAACAACUGUCUGGGUGUGUUUGGACUGAGCCUGUACACCACUGAGAGGGAUCUGAGGGAGGUGUUCUCUAAAUACGGUCCGUUGAGUGAUGUCAACAUUGUGUAUGACCAACAGUCACGGCGCUCAAGAGGCUUCGCCUUUGUCUACUUUGAAAACUGUGAAGACUCUAAAGAGGCCAAGGAGCGGGCUAAUGGAAUGGAGCUUGAUGGACGCAGGAUCCGAGUGGAUUUCUCCAUCACUAAACGAGCCCACACUCCCACUCCUGGAAUCUACAUGGGACGUCCCACAUAUGGGGGUGGUGGCGGUGGCGGCGGCAGCAGUGGCGGUUCGUCGCGUCGCGUCUCAAGAGACUACGACAGGGGCUACGACAGAGGCUAUGAUAGAGGUUACGAUCGUGACUAUGAUCGUUAUGACGACAGGGAGUACAGAUCAUACAGACGCAGAUCGCCUUCUCCUUACUACAGCAGAGGGUACCGCUCUCGAUCCCGAUCCCGGUCCUACUCGCCACGGGGUCACUACUGAGCAGCGUGAGAAGAAUCAAUGACAGAUUUAGUGUUAUUGUUUUGAUGCUUGUUUCUUUUUAUGUUUUUGACCUUCUUAUGUGAUGGGAAUUCAAGGUUUGUUUAUGUAUUAAAGGCUAAACAAGCUUAUCCUAAUGCAGUCUAUCUGAUACCCACAACAUUAUUGGUGAUUUAAUCUUUACCAUAUUUGUUGGCAGAAAAUUAUAUUCAGGUGGAAAUGGCCAAUGCCCAAGAUCUGACCAAAUACCAUUGACCUUUCCCUUCACUUUCAUUCAAAUAUGUGAAGUGGAUUUUGGAAAUACCAGUAGCUAAGAAACAGAAAUGCAAGACAGAACCUUGUGUGGUGGUAAUCAAAUGAAGGUCUACCUUGUUUAUGAUUAGCUUGACAGACUUGUUUUUACAUUAGAAGGAUUUUCUGUGAAAGUUAUAUUACAGUUUCUCAUUUUGCUGUUUGUAGCUGGUUUCUUAAACCGUCAAAAUGUCUGAGAUAUGUUUUAAAUACCAUGUUUCUUUUUAAUUUUGUGUUUUCCUGGUGGAAAGUACUUUUUUGGGGGGCAGGGGGUUGUAUAUAAACAAUAAAAAAUUACUUGGGUCAUUUGCUCUGUUGUUUAUUAACACUGUAGAACAAUGUAAUGGUUGUAUUUUGCAUGGAUUUAAAGGCAAGAAGGCUGCAGGUGUUGUACCCUGGAGCCCCAUCAACUUUUUUUUUUCUUGACAGAAAUAAAAAUAAAUUACUGCUUA